CCCUAUCUGAUCUUCGGCCAUGGUAAGGCUAUAUACCGGAUGGACCUUGAUGGAGGGAAUCAAAAAAGGGUUGUGACCGGUGUUGGAAACUCUAUCCUACUGGACUUCCACUACACAGAGGGGAGAGUUUACUGGGCCGAUAAAAAGACAGGGGUCAUCUACAAAGCAGCGAUGGAUGGAACACAGAGACAGAAGCUACACUCGUCUGAGAAAGGGAUCUCGGGCCUUGCGGUCGACUGGGUUCACAAUUUUGUCAUUUGGACCAGUGGAGAAGUGGGAAGUAUCAAAAGAGUGGAUACAGAUGGGAAAAACGAGAGGACUCUUCUAAGACAUUUAUCUCAGCCAAUCUCCAUAGCAGUUGCCCCAAAUGACAGAUUUAUAUUCUGGCUGUCCGACGGGAUCACACCCAGUAUUCAGAGGUCGGAUGUUGCUGGAGAGAUGAUUACUACAGUGCUGAAGAUUCCGGAGAGACUGGGAGGGCUGUCGGUCGACCGGACGGACAAGAGACUGUUCUGGGUCCAGUUCAGUCUGGAGGGAGAAAGUGCCGUUGGGUCGUGUGACUACAACGGGAAUGUUGUCAAUGUCAUUGACAGGCCACUACUGUCUCAGUCUUUGGGGAUGUCUGUGUUCCUGGAACAAGUCUACUACACUGAUAUGAGUUCACGGACCAUACGGCAAGUCAAUAAGUACUCAGGGGUUGAGGCAGAGAACAUCAACCUAAAGCGAAUGACACACCCCCCUACUGCUGUCAAGGUGGUACAUCCCCUCAACCAGCCAAUUGAAGACUCCAUGCCUGUCUUUCCAGCGUGUGAUGGUCGUACAGGAGUGUGUGUGAAUGUGUGCUCCAACCCAGCUGAGCAGGGGAUCUGCCAGUGCACUAAAGGCUUUGCCCUCAGCAAACAUGGGAACUACUGUGAAGAUGUCAAUGAGUGUGGCCUGUGGGACCACGGCUGUUCCCUGGGCUGUGAGAACAUUCCAGGCUCCUACUUCUGCACCUGCCCCAAGGGUUACGCUCUGCUUCCUGAUAGGAAAACCUGCCAAGAGACUUCACCAUGUCUGGCCAAUAUGACCCAGUGCGAUAAUGGAUGUCUUGCUACUGAUGAGGGGACCAUCUGUGUGUGUCCAGAGGGGUCCAUACUACAGCCGGAUGGACAGACCUGUAGAGGCUGCUCCUCUUCCGACCGAGGGGGCUGUAGUCAACAAUGUUCCCCCAUCACUCCUGGUGGGUGGGAGUGUGACUGUCUGCCUGGGUACAAGCUCCACCAAGAUGGUAAACGCUGCACAGCCACUGGACCCCCACCUUAUCUGCUGUUUGCCAACAUAGUAAACAUCAGACGUGUUAAUCUGGAUGGGACUGGUGACCAAAGCCUUGUGGAGGAGCCGAGGGGAACAGUGAUAGCUCUGGACUAUGAUCCUGUACAAAACAAAGUGUACUUUGCCAGUACAGUACUGAAGCAGAUUGAGCGGGCUGAUUUGGACGGCGGGUCCAGGGAGGUUUUGCUCACUGAGGGGUUGGACUCACCAGAGGGCCUGGCUGUGGACUGGGUCAACCGCAAGCUCUACUGGACUGACCGAGGCCUCUCAACUAUUGACCGCAGCACCUUGGAUGGCUUCGACAGAGAGACCAUUAUUAGCGAAGGCAUACAGAAACCAAGGGGAAUUGCAGUUCAUCCUUUAGCCAAGAAGUUGUUCUGGACCGAUAUGGGUACCAGGCCUGUGUUGGAGAGUGCGUCUUUGGAAGGAAGUGAUCGUGCGGUCAUUGCAAGCGCCGACUUGGUGUCUCCUAGUGGUCUGACCAUUGACUUCACUGAAGACAGGCUGUACUGGUGUGACAGCAAGAGGGGCGUACUGGAGACGGCAUCCCUGGAUGGCUCCAACCGACAAGUCUUGACAGAGAACGAAGUAGGUCAACCUUUUGACCUGGUAGUGUUUGAGGACAGGUUGUGGAUCACGGACAGGGAGCAGCAGCUGCUCAUGAGCGUUGACAAAUGGACGGGGAUGAACCCAGAGCGUCUCCAUGGCAACAUGGUCCAACCAGCAUCCAUAGUUGUGGUUCACCCCCUCGCCAAGCCAGGAGCAAAUGUUUGUCUCUAUCGAAAUGGGGGCUGUGCUCAGGUGUGCGAGAGCAGGCUAGGAUUCGCCCACUGCUCCUGUCACUCCCACAUUGCCCAAUCAGCUGAUGGCAAAGGCUGCUUGCCAUCCUACGGAUCAACAGAUUCUGGAGAUGGCGAGUCUGCAGACCCGUUCUCUGUGAAAAACAAAACUUUGAACGAUGAGAGCAUGCCUCUCCCUCCCACACUCUUCAUUGAGAAGAUGGUGUCAGACCAGGAUGACUGUUUCUCUCUCCGUUGUGAUGUGAAUGCACAAUGUCUACUGGACGGAGGGAACCCCACCUGCCACUGCCUGGAAGGUUUCACUGGGGAUGGAGAGCUGUGUGUGGACCUUGAUGAGUGCAUGUUGGGGAUGGCCCUGUGUAGUAUCCAGAGCUCAGUGUGUGUCAACACUGCUGGUGGAUAUUACUGCCAGUGUCGCCCUGGCUUCAGUGGAGAGGAACACCACUGUACCGAUAUUGACGAGUGUAAAAUGGGAACACACAAAUGUGAUGAGCGAGCGGAAUGCAUCAAUACUAUAGGGAAGUACCGCUGCAAGUGUCCAGCUGGCUACAGUGGUAAUGGACACGCAUGCCAAGAGUUGUCAACUACGUCCUCGUGGGUGACCACCAGUAGGCCUAUGGACGUCACCAGCCAAUGGCUGAACACUAACACAGUGGAGAGCUGCCCCUCAUCUCAUGACACUUACUGUCUCUACGAGGGAGUCUGCUUUUACUUCCCAGAGAUGGAGUCCUAUGCCUGCAACUGUAUCUCGGGCUACAUGGGAGAGCGCUGUCAGUUCAGUGAUCUGGAGUGGUGGGAGCUGCAGCAGGCCGAACAGGAGAAGAGAAGGAACGUGGCUAUAGCCCUGGGCAUGGUGGUCCUCAUCACCCUGCUCUCCAUCGCUGCCUGCGUCACCUACUGCUACGGAUCCAGGAGAUUCGUUCGGAAACACCCCUCUGUGGAUGACAUGAGCGAGACAAGCACCAGUGAUGACACCAUGUCAGAGACCACCGUCCCCAAGACGCCACGGUUCUAUGUUGUUUUGGAACACGGUGGCGAUGGAAAGGUCAUUCACGUCAUGGGCUGUCCAAGAAGAGCUGUUUGUCCCUCUUGCUCCUCCGAAACAGGUGAAAGCUUUGUGUCAGAGGAGGCAGUGACUCUUCCCAGACUCAACGAAGGGUAUGAGUGCUCUCUUGGAUUGGCUACCAUGGAGACCAACAAGACAGGCGCCAGCCACCUCAAGUCCAUCGACAACCUCAUCUUCCUGGAUGACCCUCAGCCUGCCUCUGCCAUCCCUCAGCUCACCUGA